AUGUCGGAAUCAAAGCCUGUAGUGUCCCGAAUCUGGUUCAAUUGGUGCAUCCAGGCAACUGCGCCCCUUGUCGUGCUUCUGGUAAUAUAUACCCUCUUCAAUCUGCUUUCACUCUCACUUCUUGCUCUUACUACAUGGAAAACUUCUUCAAUCUUCCUUCUACCUUCCACCUUCCAACUUCCAGCUUCCAACCGCUACGCACAACCCAGAACAUCACUCGCAAUCAUGAGUCUCAUGUCUAAAGCACGCGGAUUGGGCUUGGGUGUCAUCAUCUGGGCUCUUGCAGUUCCCAUCUUUCUCUUCACCAUCUUUCCUCUCGUGUCUGCCACCUCAACUGGACUCAAAGGAAUCUAUCUCCUCAAGUACAAGUGGAACUCGGAGGACGGCAGUUGGUUAAGACUUGGCUACUAUGGUUUGUGCAUCGUCGGCGGCAAGCACAGCGGUGAUCGUUGCUUAACCACUACUGGACGAUCUGGCAAAGACCUUUACAAAGGCUUCGGCAUCGACAUCGAUAAUCGCAAAAGCUUCGACCUCCCUCUCAAGCUACAGCACGACGUCUUUACCGCUUUCAUGACUGCCGGAGGCCUAGCGUGGUUCAUCUCACUCAUUCUCAUCUCUCUUGUCAUACUCAGAGGAAGCUCUGCCGGACGUCUCGUCCGCAACGCAGCAGAGGCCACCAGUCUUGCAGGCGCUACCCUGAUGAUCGCUAGUGCUUGGGCAACCAACUCUGCAGUCAAGGCACUGUAA